UAUGGCGACCUUGCUGGGCAGCCAAAACUGCAUGGAAAGUUUGAGGAAGGACAUCACUGAUCUGCAAGGAACGGUCAUCAGUGUCUUCUCUCGAGCUGGAGCUGUGCGCUAUCCUUCCUGGAAGUUUCCGGACAAGGUAUCCUGUGACCUGGACCUGGUGGCUUUGCUGGACCGUUACGACUAUGUCGAGAGUGAUCUGGAAUUUACUCAGCACUCCCAUGUGGUUCUUCUGGAACUAGUGAUUGACAGAAAAAACAUAACGAAAGUAUCUCCAGUUUGAAGUCCUCCCCCCGGGAGGCAAGGGCCGAGAGUGAGCGUUUUAAAAGCUGUCGAUCCGCCUUUUCAGAGUCAGAUGUGAGUUUGCCCAGCU